CGGCCCCUGCACAGCCGUCUGAGCCCCAGGCUGCUGUCAGCUUCCACGUCGCCGGUCUGCGGGUCACUAAAGUCCAAGAGGCCUCCUGGGAAUGUGUCACCUUCCAGCGUGGAGUCACGCAGGAGAGGAGGCGGGGAGGGCGGCCUGGAAGGGCUUUAAAUGCGGGGCUGGUCCUGGGCUCAGACACACACGCACACCGCCACUGGGGAGCCCGCUUGAGCGCCGCUCUCCAGCUCCCUCGGAUACCAGAGCCACCGGCGUGGCGCGAAGCCGGCGGCCCGGCCCGGAGCCCACCAUGUUCCUGAAGGCUGUGGUGCUGACCCUGGCCCUGGUGGCCGGCACCGGGGCCCGGGCAGAGGUCAACCCGGACCAGGUGGCCACUGUGAUGUGGGAUUACUUCAGCAAGCUGAGCAGCGACGCCAAGGAGGCUGUGGAGCAGCUCCAGAAGUCAGAACUCAGCCAGCAGAUCGGCACCCUCUUCCAGGACAAACUCAAGGGCGUGAGCACCUACGCCGGCGACCUGCAGAAGAAGCUGGUGCCCUUCGCCGUCGAGCUGCAAGAACGCCUGGCCAAGGACUCGGAGAAGAUGAAAGAGGAGUUUCAGAAGGAGCUGGAGGCCCUCCGUGCCCGCCUGCAGCCCCACGCCAACGCAGUGAGCGAGAAGAUCGGGGACAACGUGCGUGAGCUCCAGCAGCGCCUGGAGCCCUUGGCGGCCCAGCUGCAGACGCAGAUGAACGCGCAGGCCGAGGAGCUGCGGCGCCAGCUGGCCCCGUACGUGCAGCAGAUGGAGGUGGCGCUGCGCGAGAACGUGGACAACCUGCAGGCCUCGCUCACGCCCUACGCCAACGAGUUCAAGACCAGGAUGGACGAGAAGGUGGAGCAGCUCAAGGGACAGGUCAUGCCCCACGCCAACGAGCUCAAGGCCAAGAUCGACCAGAACGUGGAGGAGCUGCGCCGCAGCCUGGCCCCCUAUGCCCAGGAUGCCCAGGAGAAGCUCAACCGCCAGCUCGAGGGCCUGGCCUUCCAGAUGAAGAAGAACGCCGAGGAGCUCCAGGCCCAGAUCGCGGCCAACGCCGAGCAGUUCCGCCACAAGCUGGCGCCCGUGGUGGAGAACCUGCACACCCAGCUGAAGGGAAACACCGAGGGGCUGCAGCAGUCGCUGGCAGAGCUGAACAGACACCUGGACCAGCAGGUGGAGGAGUUCCGGCGCAACACGGAGCCCUACAGGCAGAGCUUCAACCAAGCUCUGGUGCAGCAGAUGGAACAAUUCCGGCAGAAGCUGGGCCCCUAUACGGGGGACGUGGAAGGCCACUUGAGCUUCCUGGAGAAGGACCUGAGAGACAAGGUCAACUCCUUCUUCAACACCCUGAAGAAAGAGAGCCAGGACCAGCCCCUGGCCCUCCCCCUCCCGGAGCAGGUGCCGGAGCAGGUGCCGGAGCAGGUGCCGGAGCAGGUGGGCUCAGUUGCCCUAGAGAGCUGA